UCCCGGGUUUCAUCCCCGAUGCCGCCCGGGCAGCGCAGCUGGGGCGGGCGGGCAGUGCCGGGGGCGGCGCCGGCCAUCCCUCGCCUUCCCCCGCCUUCCCCUUCGCCCGGCCCCGCAGCUCCGGACUGGGAGGCGCUGGGAGCUGCUGGUGCGGGGUGCCAGCUCAGGCAAGCAUGGCCACGCAGAUGUUCGAGGGCAGAGGGCAUGCGGCCGUCUACCAGAAAUACAGGUUUGCACCAGGCAAAGAGCUGCAGCAGACCAUCCUCUCCUACCUGCAGGAAAAGAAAGCAAUCCCCGCGGAGCUGGCGGUGGAUGUCGGCUGCGGCUCUGGACAGGGCACCCACUUCCUCGGGGAGCACUUCAAGAAGGUGGUGGGGACGGACAUCAGCGAAGCGCAGGUCCAGGAGGCCAAGGACACCCCCUGCAUGCCCAACAUCUCCUACCUCGUGUGCCCUGCAGAGGAGCUGCCGUUCCAGGCAGGCUCCGUGGACGUGCUGACGUCGUUCACGGCCGCGCACUGGUUCCACCUGGACAAGUUCAUGAGGGAGGCCGAGCGCGUGCUGAAGCCGGGCGGCUGCGUGGCCAUCAGCACCUACACCGUGGACAUGAGCCUGCGUUACGGAGACUGCUCCGAAAAGCUCACCAAAAUCUUCAGGGAGUGCUGGGACAAGAUUUUAGAAUACGCACAUGACAGACUAAAAUAUGUCUUGGACAACUACAAAGAGAUCUUUGAGGCCUUGCCGUUCCCAGACAAGAAGAGAAUCACUGAUAUCUAUGACCCAAUUCCCAUGACUGUUGAGGGUGUGGUUGGUUACAUGGAGUCUGCCUCUCCGUAUCAAACCUUUAAGAACAAGGACCCUAAAGCUGCAACAUCCCUCCUCCAAGAGACUGAAAAGAGGAUGCUGGAGACGAUGGGAGUUUCCUCUCGUGAGACCCCAGUGGAGUUCUGGGUGAGGCACGUCUGCGUGCUGGGGUGCAAGGGACGCUGAGAGAGCAAACCCUUCUGACCUGGUGCUGCAGGGGAAGGAGAGGGUGGAUUGUCCCCUAAAACCCUGCUUGUAACUGCUCUUACUCCCUGGGAAGAUUGGUGCUGAUUUUGCUGAUUGAAAUGUUGGUCUCCUGUGGAAAGCAGAUGGGGUUUUAUGCCCCUCAGGUUCCUGUCCACCCUGGUCCUGCAGUCUGCCCACUGGAAAUGUCCCACUGUGGACUGCUGGUUUAAUAACGUGGGGAAGAGAAUCACAGGAACAGCUGAGCAACUCACUGCAUUUCUUACACAAUUAAUAAUAUUAAAAAUUAAGCUGAAAAAAUGUUGCCUGCGGUUCCUGUUUUACAAAGAGGCUGUGGAGCACCCACUGGUGUGGGAAUGACUGUGCUACAUUGACACUGAGUGUCCUGAUGGCCUUAGUGCCCCUCUGCUCCAUGGGGAGAGUGGGUUUUGGGUAGGAGAGGCCAUUGACCCCUUUCCCUGCCCCAGCUAAGCGAGGAGCUGUGCACUGUCUUUGAAGGCUGCCCUGGAAAGGGGCUGUUCUCACCCACACUGUGCCCCCGUGCCUGGUGCCUUGCUGCCUGGUGCAGGUGUCAGCACCUUACCUGUCCCAGGAGUGCCUUGGCCCUAGUGAGGCCCCCCAGAACAGCUCAGGAGCCUUUAUGGGAUCAUUGCUGAAGGAGGCGUGUGCCCAGUCACCCACCCACACUGCAAAGGGAAGAUUAGAGGCUGCAUUUUUUGGGAGAGGCAAGGGGAGACGUGAGGGCUCAAAGCUGGGCAUACCAUGGCACAGGUCACCUCCUGUUUACCUUCUGGCUAUUUCAAGUCCAGACCCACCCUCUGCAGGGAUCUUUCCCUUUCCUGUAAUUCCUAUCCUUGGCAAGAAAGGCUGCCUCUCACCAUGGGCAGGGCUGUGCCCUCACUGUUCUACGCCAGUGCGUUAGUAAGAAAGGUGAAGUGCCACCUCUGCUCCUGGCCCCAGAGAGAGCACCUGGAGGGGGCUGAGAGGGGCUAGAGGUACUUCUGCUGAGGUCCUGGCCUCUCAGGGUGCUCACUGAGCUCCUCUCAGCUUGCCCAGGGUGGAGAGCAAAGGCUUUGCCCCCCUUAGUCCCCCCAGGAAGGUGCUGGGGUCCUGGAAGGACAGCUAUGGCAUGGGAAGCCCAUCUCGGAUGGGAGGCUGGGCUCUGUGUCCACGCCAGGUGCUGGAGCAGCAAUCCCAGAUCAGCCCUGCUGUCCCUGGCUGAGGGGCUGCUCCAGGGGCAGGCUGGGUUGGGCCAGCAGCAGCUCUCAGGCCUCCCUUGCUGGGUGAGCUUGAGGGGUCGCUCCUGCCCGGGGUGGCACUGGGUGGCACUGGGUGGCACCACUGCUGCGAUGCCGAUGGCCUGAGGGGCAGCCUGGGCCGGGGAAGGCCCGGCUGUGCUGGCAGGGCUCGUCCCUGUGAGGUGCAUACCUGCAGACAUUCCAGGGCAGGGAGGGUCCCCCAGGAGGCGACAUCCCAUGUCCCUACACUGCUGGCAAAAAGGCUCUGGGGAAAAGCGCUUGGUUUUUUUUCCUCACUUUAAGUUUAAAACAAGUUUAAGUCUGCUCGCUAAUUACAUCUCAAAUUCAAUUUAAAAGCCUUUCCCUCCCUGCACCGGCAUCAUGUAGCAGCAGGGAUUGCAUCACCAGCUGCUCUGCUGCACGGCCCCUUGCAGUGGCUGCUGCAGCUCACACG